CCGCGCUCCUCCCUUCCCUGGAUCCCGCAUCCUCUCCUCGGCAGCGCUGCCCCGGACCUGCUGCUGAGGAGAGAUGGCAGAGGACCAGCCACACCUGUGCAUUCAGAUGUCAGAAUCUGGUACAAAUGGCAUUCCCAGCAGAAGGCAGUCCUCACCAGACCUGGCUGGCAGGGCAGGAAGCGUGCUCACCUUCCACAACAUCUGCUACCGUGUGAAGACUAAGACUGGGUUCCUGUGUUUCAGAAAAACUGCUAGAAAAGAAGUUCUGAGAGAUGUCAAUGGCAUCAUGAAACCAGGACUGAAUGCAAUUUUGGGACCCACUGGCAGUGGCAAAUCUUCGCUGCUGGACAUUCUGGCUGCAAGGAAGGAUCCCCAUGGGCUCUCUGGUGACAUUUUGAUCAAUGGAGCUCCUCAGCCUGCCAACUUUAAAUGUACCUCUGGGUACGUAGUACAGGAUGAUGUGGUGAUGGGAACCCUGACUGUAAGAGAAAAUCUGAAGUUCUCAGCAGCACUCCGCUUGCCAAAGUCAGUGAAGGAAAAGGAAAAAAAUGAACGAGUGAAUCAGGUUAUCAAGGAACUGGGUUUGAGCAAAGUGGCAGAUUCCAAGGUUGGUACCCAGUUCACUCGUGGGGUGUCAGGAGGAGAGCGGAAAAGGACCAAUAUUGGGAUGGAGCUCAUCACGGAUCCUGCCAUCUUGUUUUUGGAUGAGCCAACCACGGGACUUGAUGCCAGCACUGCUAAUGCUGUCCUGCUGCUGCUGAAAAGGAUGUCAAAACAAGGAAGGACCAUCAUCUUCUCCAUCCACCAGCCUCGGUACUCCAUAUUCCGGCUGUUUGACAGCCUGACACUGCUGGCUGCAGGCAGAGUGCUGUACCAUGGGCCAGCCCAGCAUGCCAUUGAGUACUUCCAGUCCAUAGGCUACCAGUGCGAGCCCUACAACAACCCCGCCGACUUUUUCCUGGACGUCAUCAAUGGAGACUCCACUGCCGUGGCAAUGAACAAGGCUGUUGAAAAUAACACAGCAGAAAGCACUGAAGAACACUCUGAAUACGAUAAAAACUUGGCUGAGCAAUUAGCAGAAAAAUAUUCCAACUCUGCCUACUACAGAGAAACAAAAGCACAUUUAGAGAGCAUUUCUCCAGGAAAUAAAAAGAAAAGCAAAGGAAUUUUCCGGCAAAUCACAUAUGCCAAUUCCUUCCUCCACCAGCUGAAAUGGGUGUCCAGGCGCACAUUUAAAAACCUGAUAGGAAACCCUCAGGCUUCCAUAGCUCAGCUUUGUGUUACAGCUUUUCUGGGACUGGUUGUAGGUGCCAUUUACUUUGGACUUGAAGAGAACUCUGCUGGACUGCAGAACAGAGUGGGUGCAAUGUUCUUUCUGACCACCAACCAGUGUUUCAGCAGUGUCUCAGCUAUUGAACUCUUCGUUGUGGAAAAGAAGAUAUUUAUACAUGAAUACAUCAGUGGGUACUACAGAACAUCUGCAUACUUCAUAGCAAAGCUGAUGGCUGAUUUAAUACCCAUAAGGACUAUGCCCAGCAUCAUCUUCACCUGCAUAGUUUACUUCAUGCUAGGUCUGAAGCCAACAGUAGGAGCCUUCUUCACAAUGAUGUUCACCCUUAUGAUGGUGUCCUACACAGCCACUUCCAUGGCCCUUGCCAUUGCAGCAGGACAGAGCGUGGUCGCUAUAGCAAACCUACUCAUGACUGUGGCAUUUGUUUUUAUGAUUAUUUUCUCUGGUUUGCUGGUCAAUCUCACAAGUGUCUUGCCCUGGCUCUCGUGGCUCAAAUACUUUAGCAUCCCUCGAUAUGGAAUGACAGCUUUACAGAUCAAUGAAUUGGUUGGUCUGGACUUCUGUAGCAGCAUUAACAGCACAGUUUUAAGCAGUGACACUGCAUAUCAACAGACAGGCCAAGUAUGUACUGGAGAGGACUAUCUGAAGAGCCAAGGCAUCGAUUUCAGCCCCUGGGGCCUCUGGCAGAACCACCUGGCUCUGGCCUGCAUGACACUGAUCUUCCUCACCAUUGCCUACCUCAAACUGCACUUCAUGAAGAAGUUCUCCUAAAACCAGAGGGAAAGAAGCAACUCCCACUGCUCAGUAGCUCGCUGAACUGAUCGUGCAACUGACUUGAUUAUUUUUAAAGAGACGUUUUUUCG